AGAAGAAGAAUUUGUGUUUUUCUGCAUUUAGAGAACUACAUGGAUCGAGGGACUGAUUCAGGGAGAAACCUUUCACUUCCCACCAGAGAUAUAAAGUUUCCUGAAGGCGAAGGGUCCAACGUUUCCUUUGCCAUUAAGGAGGAGAUUCCAGAUGAUGCUCUGUGGAUCAGUGAUUCCUCUGCAGCCAUCGGCGCUGCGGUCCAGUACCCUGAUGCCUGUAACGCUGCAGAGAACCAGCAGAUUACGCAUCCGGAUGUCUCUGCACACAAGCCUGCAGAGUUCAGUGGAACAUUUAACUCCGGACCGCAGCCGGUAGACAUCUGCAGCCUGCAGUUCACCGUGAAGACGGAGAAGGAGGAGGACCAGCACCCCUUCAGACAGGACGGAUGUCAGCACCGAGUGGGGAAGCAGACUCCCACUGCUGCCGACUAUCCCGCCGACGAACAGGAAAACCAGCUCUGGUCUUCCAUCAUUGAAGGGAAUGAGAUCGAUGCGGGUUUUCCUGACUUCUCCAGUGUUGUAGAAGAGUAUUCUAACUCAUUUUCUGAGCAUUCGGAUGCAACAAACAUGGCUGCCAACACUAGGAAGUCCCCCGUCGUUAGGGAAGAGUGCAACGGGAUUUACGGCGCUGAGUACCAGAAGGACAUGCAGCUGUCGCAUUUCCAGGCCAGAGCGCAGGCGGCUCUGCAGCAGCAGGACAAACAGAAGGAGCAGAUGCUUCUGCAGAGGAGCAGCUCACAUGCAGAGGACGCAGAGAGGGCGGCAGGAACCCACGACGGGCCGAAUGUAACGCAGCAGGCUAACACCUUCACAACAAACCGCUUCUACCCUCCCACCCCUCACAAACCGCUCACCCCCGCUUCCAGGGCCUACACCUGCUCCCAGUGCGGCAAGUCCUUCAGCCGCCUGCACCAGUUCAAGCUGCACCAGCAGAGUCACAAGAGGAAGCGAGCGUUCUGGUGCGGCGUGUGCGGGAAAAGCUUUCAGUGCUCCUCUCACCUCAGCAUUCACCACCGGACGCACACGGGGGAAAAGCCGUACGGCUGCGGACAGUGCGGGAAGAGGUUCACGCAGCAGAGCAGCCUGAGGGUCCACCAGCGCACGCACAGCGGAGAGCGACCCUACAGCUGCUCGCAGUGCGGGAAAACCUUUAUCCUGAUGCACCAUUUGAAGCGACACAGAGUCAUUCACACAUACAGCUGAGAGGGAGGCAGCGCCUUCAAACCAAAAAGACCAACGACUCGCUCUGAUUCCCACCUGUGGAAAUGAGUUUCCUUCAGGAUGCAUGUUUUAACUAUGCAGAAUCCAUCUGGAAUGGAUUGGAAGUUUUCUGCUCCUUGUUUCACGGAUGAAUGAGCUGUGUGACAUUUUUAAAGCUAGAAAUCCCAAAAAAACAAAAGUGGGAGCAUAAACCACCCUCACCCUCUGCCCAUCCAUGUUUUUUUAACCACUACAGAGAAUCUAGAAUGUGUUACGCCCUUCUGUUCAAAAAAUCAGGUUGCUUUGAGGUAAAAUAAUGAGAUCAUUUCAAUCUUUUUCUACAUUUCAGGCGAAAUAAAUAAAAUUAGAUUGUAACAAUCUUCUUGGGGGGGAUAGGGAAAAAUGGGCUAAGUAUUAUUUCACAAACAUCUUUUAUGUAGUUUAAACAUUUUGUUUUCUCUGGCUGUAGACUUCCAGACUCAUUUCCUUCAUGGUUCUGAUAAUGAUAAUGUCUCUUAUCUGAGGUUCUUUCUUAAAGUUUCCUCCAUAUUGACAAAAAAAUAAAUUAAUCAGUGUGAAGAAGGAAUCCCACACUAUCAUACUGCCACUACCAUGUUUUACCAUGGGGUACUGAGGUGUUUUUCAGUGGUGCAGCCUUAUGUUUGAGCAUAAAUCACUCUCCCACAGUCACAUUCAUAACUAAGAAUAUUAUUGGUUCACUGAGUGAGACGCAUCAUACAGAAUAAUUACAUUCAGACUGCUUUAAUUUUAUUCAUUUUGAAGUUUUUCCACUUGCAGCUUACAAAACAACGUUUAUCUUUAAUGUCACAUCAGAACAAUAAAAAAUGCGGAAUGUGGUCUUCAUGCAAAAUAUGUUUAAUACUUCCUAAAUGUUUUUAUUUUUUUAAUACACUUUUCACCUGAAACAAGAGCUCUGUUCCUGACUGAUACCUUUAAAUAUUAGUGACUCGUAUGACGUUACAUUACUUUCCAUAAACGUUAUUUUCAUUUUUUUUUUGUUAAUAACAGAUUUUCUGUGUUUCUUAGGUAAAUUUUCCAUGAUAUUCUGACUGUUCAUCAUGUUAUUUUAUUUUUACUCGCCCCUGUAUGUGCCCAGACCCCGAUCAUUACCUCUAAAUGCUUUCAUUCUGUCCUGUAGAGAUGAACUCUGUAUCGUUAGGAUUUUAAUUGACCCUUUCUUCCAAAUCAUUCCUGUAACACGCUGCCUUUCUGUUUAGAUCCCCCUGAAGCAUCUCAGGGUUUCAUGUUUUAAUGCCAGCAUCUUGUCAGCCUCUUUUUCCCUUUGUUUCACAUUAAACAGACCUUAA